AUGUCUUCGUUAACGAAUAUUUAUCGAUUAAGUUCAAAUCUACUUGGAGGAUAUAAAAGUAUUUUUCAAGGGAGAUCGAGUUGGUUUUGUCCUCCCCAAACAUGUACGUAUGCGAAAAAAUCCGCAGAAGAAAGGUUAGGCAUAGAAAAACCCAAGCGCCCUUUAACACCAUUCUUCAAAUUUAUGGCUCAAAUGCGACCAGCUAUUUUGGCUAAAAACCCGAGUAUUACAUCUAAAGAAGCUGUAGCAUGGACAUCAAAGCACUGGCAACAGCUUGACAGUGAAACUAAAACACAAAUGACUAAAGAGUAUGAAAAAGACAUUGAAGACUAUAAAAAAAUUAGGGACUUAUAUCAGGCAUCACUGACAGAAGAGCAAAAAGAGGAUAUUAAACGAGUAAAGGAAGAAAUGGCAGCUGCCAAGGAAAAAAGAAAAUUAAAGGCUGACUAUAAGGAUCUAGGUCGUCCAAAAAAGCCUAUGUCCUCUUAUAUUCUUUAUAUGACAUCAAGAAAGGAUGUGAAUAAAAAAAAGGAUCUUAAGAGUUACCAAGAAACAGUUAAGGCUGAUUGGCUUAGUUUACCAGAGAAUGAGCGAAAAAAGUUAGAAAAACAGGCUCAAGAUCUUAUGGAGAAGUAUAAGAAAGAUUUAAAAGCAUGGGAAAUUAAAAUGAUAUCAAUUGGUCGUAUGGAUCUUGUACGUCAGAAAGUCCCCCGCAAGAAAACAAAGGCAGUAGAAAAUGAAUAG